AUGGAAUCAGGGUUGUGUGACGAGCUUACCCCCCGGGCGGCAAAUGUAACUCUCAAAGAACGAUACAGGCUGGUCUUUGCACAUAGAGAGAGCCCUCUCAGCACAACAUACCUGCAGAAUAUGACUCUAGUGACUCACUUCCAUUACAUCAAGCCUUCGUCCAUUGAUGGCUUGGUGCAUCACAGUAUUGGGUGCAUGCUGGACCUUCUCGACUUUGGCACGGCCCAAUUUGAAAAACGGGAAGCAUGA